AAAGUUUGUUUAAGUGUCUAUCUAUUAAAUCACAGGGCAGGAUGAUUCUAAACCGAUUUGCUGACUUUGAUUGAUAAAAAGAGAGAAAUCGUGUUCGAGCACCUGUUCAAGAUGGCGACCCCCGGAAAAAGAACGAAAUCGCGUGAAGAUGAGAGAAAAGGACUAUGGAAUGUUUUCUGAGUGUGUAUAGAAAGUAAAAAAAAUUAGAUAUGUCCACGGAACAAAUUUCUCCCACAAAUGAAAACAUGGCGGAUGAAGUUUGGAGAAAUAUUUCUUCAAAUCUUGAACAAAAUGGGAGCUAACGCUUCACAAUUAGAAAAGGAGAUAGGCUCUGAACAGUUCCCUACUAAUGAGCACUACUUUGGAUUAGUUAAUUUUGGUAACACAUGUUAUUGUAACUCUGUCUUACAAGCCUUGUAUUUCUGCCGGCCAUUUAGAGAGAAGGUUCUCCAAUAUAAACAGCAACAGAAGAAUGCCAAGAAAGAGACUUUGUUAUCAUGUCUAGGGGAUUUGUUUCAUAGUAUAGCCACAUCAAAGAAAAAAGUCGGGACCAUCGCUCCUAAGAAAUUUAUACAAAGAUUACGAAAAGAAAAUGAGUUGUUUGACAACUACAUGCAGCAAGAUGCACAUGAAUUUCUCAACUACCUGCUGAACACAGUUGGAGAUAUAUUAACAGAAGAGAAGAAAGCAGGAAAAGUGAAGAAUGGGCCCACAUUGGGACACAGCCCACCUAGGAAUGACUCUACAUGGGUACAUGAUAUAUUUCAGGGGACGCUCACUAAUGAGACAAGAUGCUUAAAUUGUGAAACUGUUUCAAGCAAGGAUGAAGAUUUCCUUGACUUAUCAGUAGAUGUGGAACAAAACACAUCAAUAACCCACUGUCUCCGGGGGUUUAGCAACACGGAGACCCUAUGUAGCGAUUGUAAAUAUUAUUGUGAAGUCUGCUGUAGCAAACAAGAGGCACAAAAACGAAUGCGUGUCAAAAAGCUGCCACACAUUUUAGCUCUACACCUGAAGAGGUUUAAGUAUAUGGAACAACUGAACAGAUUUACGAAGCUUUCAUACAGGGUCGUCUUUCCAUUGGAAUUAAGGCUUUUCAACACAUCAGACGAUGCAUUCAACCCUGAGAGAAUGUUUGACCUAAUUGCCGUGGUGAUACACUGUGGCAGUGGCCCCAAUAGAGGGCAUUAUAUAAGUAUUGUGAAGAGCCAUGGGUUUUGGUUACUAUUUGAUGAUGACAUAGUUGAUAAAAUAGAUGCUUCUGCAAUUGAGGAAUUCUAUGGACUAACGUCAGAUUUACAGAAAAACUCUGAAUCUGGAUAUAUUCUGUUUUACCAGUCACGGGAAUAGCGCAUUCUGGGAAGAUGUAUGUUCUCGUAAAUUAUAUCAAUUGUUAAGUGCAGUUUAAAGCUGAUAUGAAUCAAGAAAGGAAUUGCCAAGUGGAUAUGGUUUAUAUCCAAGUGAAUAUGGGUAAUAUCCACCUAUAAAUGUCAGGAUGUGACAAAAAUUGAACAAAACUAGUGCAGUGUUAUUGUCACAGAUUGGAAAUUGUUCACAUUAUUAGUAUUGGUUUAUCUUCGAGGAUAUGAUUUUUUCCCUGGUGAAUAUGCUUUUUAUUCACUCAAUGUGUAUGUUAAUUAGUGAGGUUAGA